CUGAACAUAUUGCAGUGUCGCGGCUAAGCUUGGGACGGGCCUUGUUGACGUUUGAGAUUUUUUUUUGUAAUUGGGCGAUUUGAGACACAAUGCCGACCAUUAAAUUGCAAAGUUCGGAUGGGGAGAUGUUUGAAGUGGAUGUUGAGAUCGCAAAACAGUCAGUGACCAUAAAGACGAUGUUGGAAGAUUUAGGCAUGGACGACGAGGGAGAUGACGACCCCGUGCCCCUUCCUAAUGUUAACGCAGCCAUACUUAAGAAGGUGAUUCAGUGGUGCACCCACCACAAAGAUGACCCCCCUCCUCCCGAGGAUGACGAGAACAAGGAGAAGAGGACAGAUGACAUCCCAGUCUGGGAUCAGGAGUUCCUCAAAGUGGACCAGGGCACGCUCUUUGAACUCAUCCUGGCCGCUAACUAUCUGGACAUCAAAGGACUGCUGGAUGUCACCUGCAAGACGGUCGCCAACAUGAUCAAAGGCAAAACUCCAGAGGAGAUCAGGAAGACUUUUAACAUCAAAAAUGAUUUCACAGAGGAAGAGGAAGCCCAGGUACGCAAGGAGAACCAGUGGUGUGAAGAGAAGUGAGGGGAGUCCUGCCAACACUAACACACUUCAGGAUCACUCCCAGUCCUGGUUGCACUGCGCUGUUCAUUCUUGUUGAUAUUCACCGUAGACAAAUAGUGACGACCCUCGUGUAUUCAUGGCAUGAUCAUUUCCAUUUGCCUGCUCUUUGUCCUCUUUUUUUUACAACCUUAACUUCUCUUUCUCUAGCCCUCCCGAUUGAAAGAUCUACACCUCUUUCACACAUAGUGGCCACUUUCUCCUGGUCUCAAGUUGUUUUGGACUGCCUGCAUUUUUUUUUUUUUUUUUUUUUUACUAUACAUUUUAUUCUUUGGAGUCAACUGAGUGGAUUCUUUCUCUUAAGAAAUGACAGCUUGAUACAGAUUUUAUAAUUGCAGCCUCCUGACUGUGUUCAUAUAUGUCACAUUAAUAAAUAAAAAAGACAGUAGGAAAUGUGAAGGUUGAAUAAUUGUUAGUAACAUGUCCUGUGGACUGGAAGUUCUUUAAAAUAAGUUUUUUUUUUUUUUUUCAUGCAGUUGGAAUUAUUUUCUUUGCCCACUGUUGUACUGUUGGUUUGGACAUGUUUUGCAGUUCUGCUCAAAAGAUAACAUUUAGAAUUAUCAUUGAUUAAAUUCCGAAAAUAAAAGCAAAUUAAAAGUG